CCAGCGUCUUCGUAAGAUAGACUUGCUCUUUGGUGUGAAUAUUAGGUUCACUUCCGGCAUACAGUGCUGAACUUUCAACCGGAUGCUUUUGAUCCUUCUUUCCGGUUUCGGCUCUUCGCAGAGACACACUUAGCAGUCAUGGCACCUCGUAAGGGUAAGGAAAAGAAGGAAGAGCAGGUGAUCAGCCUGGGACCACAGGUCGCCGAGGGCGAGAACGUCUUCGGGGUCUGCCACAUCUUCGCCUCCUUCAACGACACCUUCGUCCACGUCACUGACCUCUCCGGCAAGGAGACGAUCUGCCGCGUGACAGGCGGGAUGAAGGUGAAGGCCGACAGGGAUGAGUCCUCCCCCUACGCUGCCAUGCUGGCGGCCCAGGACGUGGCCCAGAGGUGCAAGGAGCUGGGCAUCACCGCCCUGCACAUCAAGCUCCGAGCCACGGGGGGCAACAGAACCAAGACUCCAGGACCCGGGGCCCAGUCUGCUCUCAGGGCCCUGGCUCGAUCCGGCAUGAAGAUCGGCCGCAUCGAGGACGUGACCCCAAUCCCCUCAGACAGCACCCGCAGAAAGGGAGGACGCCGUGGGCGUCGUCUGUAAACAGUUUGCUUUCCUGCGUCUCAAUAAAAAGUCAUUUCCAGUU